GCUAGAUGACAAAUCACAGUUAUACACUUUAAGGUGUUUCAGGAACACUCCCUUACAUCACUUUAUGUACAAAAAUGUCGAAAAUGGAGUGAAUGAGGGUCGCCCAGUGAAACGUGAAGUAAUUUCUCAACGACAGCAAAGACUGAUACAUUGCACUAUAGAGGAGAACUUCCCCCAGGGUACUCUGCAAUUCAUCUCUGACUUUGUGUCUGCUGACCACUACCUUCCAAAGGAAAUUGUGCACCAUUUGAUCAAGAACUUGCUCCUAGGCUCCAUUUCUACUAAUGUCGCCUUGAAUGCAUACACAGUACUCAUGAAGAUACAACGGCUUCACCCAGCAAAUGCAUCAAAUGUACAGUGGGACUGGGAUCUUCUAAGAGAGGUCAUGGAAGAAAAGAGCUUUACAGAUAAACCUCCUACAGCUCGUCUUUGGUUCCUCCAGUAUGUUGUGCAGACCCUUGAAGAUGACUUCCAUGUUAAACUUCAACUACACAUGUUGCCAAAAUCCAUAGCCAAAGGAGUUCUGUCUUGUGAUGGCCAUUUUGCAAACGUAAAAAAUGUUAUCCAGUGGUUGGUUGAUGCAGUUGACAGUUCUGGACCAUCAGCAAACAGUGGGGAGCCAAGCAGAGAGAAUGAAUUGUUGAACCAGGGCAUGCAUGAAAGUAUUAUCUGCCUGUUGCAGAAAAUGCUACAUCUAGCCAUUGAAGUGGACAACUCCCCAGCUCUCAGCUCCAAUAAGAUUGUAGACCAGAUGUUUCAGCAUGUUUUAAACAUAUCAAGCAGGCCAAAGAGGGAAAUCCUUUUUAACAGUAUGGAAAGCCACCUCCUUCGCUAUAAAGUCAUAGAAAUCCUCUUCUACCAUAGCUGUGUUGACCGCAGGAAUUUGCCUAUGUCUUUAGCCAAGAUUCUACAUUUCCUACAAAACAGCACACUUUAUUUAGAAACACAGGAUGCUUAUAGAGGAAAAAAACAAACAUGGGAUGAAAUGCUGUACCUUCUGAUUUUAAUGUUUCUGAGUUAUCAAGAGGUGAUGACAGGUCUUUUACGACUUUCAGUAACAGAACGAAUGAUGCACGUGAGUGCUGAAACUCUUCCUGCAAGGACUAUGCACGAGGAAAUAAGUGAAAGGGAUAUUCAAGAGUACUUCGACAUUUUCUGUAAUAAAGUAUCAGAAGAACUUGGGGAAGAAUUUCUUGUUCAGCUUCAACAGAAAAUCAGUCUUCUGAAACUUUUAAUGCAGAGUACUGUAAUGAAGUAUUAGUUUACUAUUUUUGAGUAAUUGUAGACCAAGGAUACAUCUGCCUACAAUGCUCGGAGCAAGGUGCUGUAGUCCUAAGUAUUCCCUGAUCCAGUUCCAGUUCUUAAACAGUGUGCUGUCACUAAUAAAGCAAGAGUAGAAGUAAUGAUAUUCACAUUUAGUUCUAAUCUUCUAUUCUGUGUGGGUUAAAGAUUAUGGCAGAACAACUAAGGUCCUGGUUCAAAGUUCAUAGCGGUUGCUAGUUCUCUAUUUAGCAGAGAUGAAUAAUCUUUAGGUGUUUUAGUGCCUUUGUCAUCUGAGGUCCUCUUUUAAAGUUAAGUGGUCCUACUUUAAUGAUAAGUGAUUCAGUAAGUGGGGCUUUUUAAUGUUUAGGGCAAAGUGUAAUAAAAGAAUUAGCAUUCACUUAGCUAGCAUGUAAAGAAGAACAUAAGUCUUCAAGAAGGGACGAAGAUAAAGACAGCUCUGGUAAAUAGAAUUAGAUUUUUAAAUCUAAUUUUAGUAAUUUCAGGCAUAAAGUGGAUAGUACUCGGUGAAAGCAUUUUGAAAUUCCUUCUAUAGUGCACUAUAGAAAACAUAAUUGUGUUUUCUUCAUCUUAACAUUUAAUCCGAGCUGGGAAUGAGAUUGGAAUCCUUAUUAAAUAUGCCACAGCUACGCUGUUUACUAGACAUGAUGUGCAUUAGGUAUUUUUCCUCUUUGUUGCUCAUAAGUCAUACUGUCACAUUAUCUUGUGCAUUAUAAAAUAAUGUUUUCUCUUUUUUGAGUAUUUAUUGCACUGCAGAAUGUAGGAGCAGUUAUGUUGAUAGUGUAACAGUAUCUUAAAUCAUAACUUUUAACUGGUUUAUUUUAAACACAAGACAACAUUUGGAUUUCAUCAAGUAGAAAUGUAUUUCCCUAAAGACACCAGUUUACUUAAAUGUGCAUAGCUUUUUUAAUUGUUUAGAUGCCUGUAGUUAUGCACUUAAAUCUGUCUUGGUUGUUGUCUUAUUCCUCUCACUGGUGAUAUAAUAUUUGUAGAAUGCAGUAGAUACCUAUUUGAAUGGUGUAAGAAUAUUUUUAUUAAUUUUGAGGGGGAAAUUUUUAAUUAAGUUAAGGGAGUUGCAAUGGAUGCAGCUUGUUAAUAUUACAGGAAUGGGGUAAGAAUAUAAACCACUUUUGGGUCUUGAUUCUACAAGCAGGCACGUUAGUUCUACAUCUUGUAACACACAAAUAGCAACUUCAGAUAUACCUUUUGAAAGAGUACUGGUCAUCCAGUGUAAUGAAAUCUUCAAUCAGGUUAAAAGAAGUGAGACUAAUAACUAGAACAUUUUAAAAAAACAAUCCAACUGUGUUUAAAAUAGUAGGGUUCUACGCUAGAUUUGUUUUUAAGACUGCUAUGAACUUUAAAAAUAUACUUGUAAAAGAGAAUAGUGAUAUGGGCCCCAACCAUAAAAGCCUGUAAUUAUAAUGAUACUGGGGGAUGUGGUUCUUCCAAGCAGUGCUCAUACAUUUUGGUGGGUGAAGUAUUAAGUCUUGAUAGCAGCUUUAAUACCAAAAUACAUUUACAAAAAGGGUAGUUGUGGGACUUUAGGUUUGGAGUGUAUCACAAAGUGCUCAACUUGUGCUGGUUUCCAUGUCAGAAAAACUGAGAUGCCACUCAAGAAAAGAAUUUAUGAUCACUAUUACGGCAUUAAGACAAUAAAUCUCAAUAACGCUCCUUUUAAACGCACAUUAAUGUACUGGUUUUAAGGAUUUAAAAUCUCCCAUACUAGAAAAGGUAGGUACGACAUUAAGAUAAAGAAUCCCAAUGAUGCUCUUUUUAAACACGCAUUAACAUGUACUGCUUUUAAGGCGUUUGUCUGCCAUACUAGAAGAGGUUGAAAUUAACCCCAGGGGGGUGAAUGGGAAACUAAACUAGAGUACAAGGAACUGUUUUGGCAGUCUAGUUUGAAUGUUACCUCUCCCCCAAUUUGAACAAUGUUAUCAAUAAAACCUGUGUUAAAACUACAUUCUGCCAAACUCUAAUUUUCUAUGGGAACACUUAUUUAUUAUUCCCGUCCCAUUUUUUGAUGAGCAUUUAUUUUUGUUAUGUUAAUAUCUUCAUUUUGUGGGUUUUUUUAAGAUAUAUACGUUUAUAGAUAAACUAGGGAAUAUUUUUUUUAUGAUUUUUUUAAUUUUUUACAUGUGUUAGAACUGUGCUUGCAGUUUUAAUUCAAGUGAUUGUAUUUACUUAUUGAAUUUGAAAGUAGUUGAUCAACUGUAUAUUUGAUUUAAAUGGCUAAGAGUAUACAUUUUAUAACAGUUGUACUGGUUUUUAAUAGCAUUGGCCCUUUAAUAAUAUGGAUCUGUGUCAGCUGCUGAUGACAUAAAAGGAAAUGAGGUAGGUAAGUUGGUAUUCUGAUAAAGUCUCAGGUUAGGGACAAAAGUGCUAAAUCUUUUUUUAAAGAACAUAAUGCUUCAAGAAGGGAAGAGGAUAAAGACAGCUCUGAUAAAUAAAAUAGUCUUUUAAAUGUAAUUUAGUACUUUUCGGGCAUAAAAUGAAUAGUACUUAAUUGUGUUUUCUCUAUAUGAACACUUCAUCUGAGAUGGUAGUAAGAUUGGGGUCCUUAUUAAAUGUACCACAGCUGCACUGUUUACCAGACAUGAUGUGCAUUAAGUAUCUCUCCUCUGUGUUGCUCAUAUUGUCAUACUGUCUUGUGCAUCAUAAAAGAGCAGUUUCUCUUUUUUGAUAUUUACUGCACUGCAAAAUGUGGAAGCAGUUGUAUUGAUAAUGUAACAGUUUUUUAAGUCAUAACUUUUAACUGGUUUAUUUCACAAGACUACAUUUGGAUUUAAUCAGGUAGAAGCUUAUUUCUCUAAAGAUACCAGUUUACAUAAAUGUGAGUAGAAUUGCACAGAAUGUGGUCAGACAUAGAUUUUUUUACUUGCUUAGAUUCUUAUAGUAGUAGUGCAAUUAAAUUAAAUCUGUCUUGGUUGCUGUCUUAUUCCUCUCACUGGUGAUAUAACAUUUAUACAAUGUAAUAGAUACCUGUUUAAAUGGUGUAAGAAUGUCAGUCAUUUGCUCUGGCUGAGUUGUUGCAGGGCAUUUCAGAUUAGAAAUGUGCUUAUUCCCUGUCUUGAGUUAUGCAAUAUGAUUUUUUCCAGCAUUAGUAUUACUAUCAUUAUUAUGAGAAUGCAUCCACAGUGCAAAUAUAUCAGCAACUGCAUUGUUUACAUCCAUAUAUUUGAAGCUUUCAGCCUAGAUUUGAAAGAAACACUGUUUGUGUACCAAGGUUUGAAACCUAUAUCUGUCUAAAACUGUGCCAUUGUUUGUACCACCAAGUUAUUUUGUUACACAGAACUGUAAAACCCCAGACAUAUUUUGAUUAACGAAGCAAAAAAAAAAACAUGAGCAUUCCCUCCGUGUCUAGUGGGUUGCUGUAGAGAGUCUUUACCAUGCUUGUUAAGGAUUCAUUCAAAUAAUGUUUUAGUGAUAAUUUACCAACAGAAGAUAAUUACAAGAUCUUUACUUAAAUGAUUUCUAGUGAUCUUUCCUCAGUCUUCCUAAACAUGUUCAUUAAUAUAGAGAUUCAUAUUCAUCAUUGCUGCAGUCAUUUUAGCUAUAUGGGUUAUAUCCUGCCAGGGAUAUAACAGCUGGACCACUUCCAAAGCUUCAUGGCACCUUCCUCAUACCCAAACAGCUCGAGCAGAGCUGACUAAAAAGACAGGUUUCAGUGCCAUGCCCAUCAGAGCUUUCCUGCCAUUGAAGAGAUCAUCCCUGUCCGGGCUUUCAAAGAUCGAUGGUUGCCUUAUGCUCUUCCUUUGCUGGGCAGAUCAGUUUGUUUUGGAGAAAAUCCUUCCACAUUAAAAAUGUCAUUUUGUUGUACUUUCCUGUUUAGGAAAGUUAUUUAUAAGCUAAGAGUUUAUUGUUUAACAGUCAGGAGACUUAAGUUUACUUCUAAAUGGGAGCACUCUUUUUACCUGUCAGUUUAAAGUAAUUGAAAAAACUUUUUUUUUCCUGAGGAGAAAUUGUUUAUUUUACUUUUGGGGGAUGGCAAUGUGUUUUAAAGUGCUUUUUUACCAUGUUUUUUAUGUGAAAAGGGAGACUUUUAAAGACUUUACAUUUUGCAGACUUUUGCUGUUUGCUUUCUCCAGGAAAGAGGCACCAUUGUCUUCCUGACCAUGGUCCUUCUUCCAGCCACAGCAGCCUUUGCCACGUAGGAGGCCAGCAGCUUGCCUCAUUUGCAAGUGAGUGACCCUGCUGUGGCCAUAGCUUAUUCUUCAGACGACUCAUCUUUCAUCCCAUAUCCCUCUGUUGUAGCAACCACACCCUCUGCAGCUGUCAGGGUCCCUUCAGUGGACAAGGGAGAGUCACUCUGGUUGGCCCUGGGAGAGGGAAGACUUCCCUGUUUGGUCAGAAUAUUGUGUCCAUCCUUGGGAAGCUGCUGCUUUGCCAUUAAUAACACUGUUAACUCCAUUUUUCCUGUAAAAAAAAAAAAACAGAAAACUAAACCUACUCCUCAUAUUGCCUUAGACAGGGACAGGAGUAGUUUACUGUGUCUGCAGAGGUUUUAAUACAGGCUGUUGAUCCUGCUUAUGAGGUGGUUUCUGGUAAAAGAAAGAGGUUACCUCUUUUCCUGAAAAGACAAAAGAUUUUGAAUCUGGACAGGUAGAUGAAGGGACAGAUAUGGGGUUUUCACCUCUGUUUUCUGAUUCUCCAUGUGGGGGUUUCUUUCCCUGAGACUGUUUUCAGAAUAUGGCAGUGUUUUCGGUGGCAGAGCAUUGAGGUAUCUCAUUUCCUUAGAAAACACUAUGCAUUGCUACAGAUGGAAUUUUCAGAACCUUCACCCAUUCCCCCAGUACUGUCAGCUCUGGAGGAUGUGUGUAUGUCACUGUCUGCAGUUUUCUAGAUAGCCAGCCUGCUGUUCCUAAAAAGGCAGGUAGAAUGUCUAAAGUUCCUCAUACGUUUUUAUACACUCUUCCAAAACCUGACCCAGCAGCUGUAGCAUUAGUUAAUCCUACUGCUGCUAAACAUUUGGUUAAUUCCAAUCCUACUCUUUCUGACAAGAAUGUGAAGAUUGUUGAUAAUUACAAGAAAAAACUGUAUGCUUCUGCAACUUCAGUUUUUCAGAAUUUUAAAUUGUCGGGCUCAUAUUGUA